AUGUUGGUGCCGCACGCAGCGGGAUCCUUGGCAGCGGCGGUGGCUGCCUUCUGCUUCUCCCUCGGGGCCGUGGCGAGCGCCUCUUUCAACGCGAAUGUGCUGCAGUCCAACUCCAUCAAGAACCAGCCGCUUGGAGGCGCUGCGGCAUCGGCAGGCUCGCCUGCCAGCACCGUGCCAGGGCUGUCCGAGGGGGGCAACAAGCACCAAGCCGGCGAUCCGUACCAGCUCUCCGUAUGCACCGAUGACGAGGACUGCGACGCCGACGAGUUCUGCUCCGCCACCAUCCGCGGGGGCGUCCCCGGGGGACAAGUCUGCCUCGCUUGCCGCAGGCGCCGCAAGCGCUGCUUCCGCGACGCCAUGUGCUGCCCGGGCAAUUACUGCAGCAACGGAAUAUGUACUCCAGUGGAACAUGAUCAGCUUCAUCCUGGGGAAAUUGAUGAGACUAUCAUAGAGGAUUUUGACCAUGACACACUUGACCCUCAUUUCAGAAGAACUACAUCUUCAUCCCAGCUGCACCAUCCAAAAGGUCAAGAAGGUGCCACAUGUCUCCGCUCUUCAGAUUGUGCCGAUGGGCUGUGCUGUGCCCGCCACUUCUGGUCCAAGAUCUGUAAACCUGUCCUUAAGGAAGGUCAGGUGUGCACAAAACACCGCAAGAAAGGUGCCCAUGGCUUAGAAAUCUUCCAGCGCUGUCACUGUGGGGAUGGAUUGACUUGUCGGGUGCAAAGGGACCACACAAUCAGCAACUCUCCCAGGCUACAUACUUGCCAGAGGCAUUAGCUGCUGCUGCUUUUUGCCAAA